AACAGGGGUAAAGAAAAAGUCCUUUUAAAGUGGCAACACACGCAAACCCAGGCCGCUCUUUAUACGUUUUUAUAUUCCUACAUUAUGAACUUAUUUCUAAAACAGGCGUUCUGUUUUUUCUGUGCAGCGUAACAAACUCUGGUAAGCCCGUUUAACUCCCUAAAUAGGUUAUAAAAAGAUAAGCAGCGGUUUGUUGGUGUGCUAAAAUGCCUACUGAACUGAAGCAGAGGAAGAAGACGCAGGCACAGAAGCAAAGCGAUGAAGCAUCAGAAUCCUCAAACGGGAAAGAAGAAGCGCAGAAAGUGAAGACUGAAGCAGGAGACAAGACGGGAGCGAGCAAAACGUCCUUGGGUCUGGACUUUAAAAGUGUAAUAUGCUUGUUGUCGCUUGCAGCAUGUGGAGCUCUGAGCUGGGUGGUGCUGCAGCAGAAUGAGAGGUUUUCCCAGAUUGAGGAAAAAUACAGGUCGCUACACGGAAAAACUUCCAGUCUGUUCGACAUGGAGGAGGAGAUCAUCAGAGUUUCCAAAAAGCUUGCCGCCUCAGAGGAUGACCUACAGGAGGCGCUCUCCACCAUCUCCCUGGUGACAAAAUUCCAGCAGGACAUCUCCACCCUCCAUGCAGCUGUCAUGGCAAUACAGGCUGAUGAGAACUCCGCCUCCCGUGAUCUGGAGAAGGUUAACGCCCAUUUCCUCAAUGUGACGGAGACAUGGCAGGAGAGGCUGGCAGUCAUCAACUCCGAUCUGACCUCCCUCAAGUCUGAGUCCAGAGAUGCUCACGCCGGAGCCACUGAGCGGGUGAAUGAGGCUGAGCGGAGAACCCGGUUGCUGGCGGAAAGGCUGGAGGAGCUCGAGGACAGCACAAAGAGGAACGCCCGAGCCCUGGAGCGCACAGAGGAAGACGAUGUCAAGCGGGCGCAGGAUCAGCUGGACUGGAACACCAAGCAGAUCCACAAGCUCGAGGAGCAGAUGAGCAUCCUGAGCAAGAGGGAGGCCGAGCUGAGCUCUGAGCUCCAGGAGCACAUUCCCCGUGCGAAGGCUUGCGAAGAGCACCUGCCGGAGGUAGAGGAGGCGGUGCGCUCCAUCCUCAGAAUGGGUGGAGAUCUGAGCGGGGCGGAGAAGAGGCUGGAGGAGGUGACAUUGCAGGUGUUUGGCACUGAGGACAGCAUGCUGAAAGCAACAAAUGAAAUCCUUGAGAUCAGACAGGAGCUGGACAACCUGCAGGCUCAAAACAGCAUCCUGAAGAUGAAGAAUGAGCUGUCCGUGGUUAAAGAGGCGGUCCAUGAACUCACCAUGGUGUUGAGGGAAAGUAGGGUUGAUAGCCAAAUGGACCCUGACACUCUUGAGGGAGAGGAAUGGAAAGAGGAGGAGGAGUGGGAGAAAGAUGACGAGGAUAAACCAUCCGAGCCGCUUCUUGAUGACCUCAUUGAAUGAUGUCAUUGGUUUGAGUGGACUAGGGAAAAGGAGUGGGAAUGUCCUGUUUUACUUUUUGCUGUAAAAGCCUUUAGUUCAGUUCAGUAUUACUUUUGUAAAAUUUGUACCUCAGUUUAGUGUCAGAAAAGUAGGCUGAUGUCAACAUGAGCUCAUGGAAACAUGCACUGUAUUAUAGAAAUAUCAUACGUUUAGUUUUGUGCACCAUUUUAUAAAACAUGCCCGACUACUCUCAAGGUAUCCAUUUGCACUGAUACAG